GAGCUCUCUCCGCGUGAGGCUCGAUGGAACACGAGCUUAACCCCCAAAUCCUAUACAUAUAGUACGAGAGGACUUCGGAGCCCCACUGACGUCCAGCUAGAAGUAAAGGUCCGACACUCACGAAUCAUACGGGAAACCACAUAACCUCGUCAUCCCCCAUCACAACUGUGAUCCCCAGUCGUCGCAAGAAAGUUCUAGAGUAGCAUCCGCAGGUCUCGCAAGAGAGGACCACGGCCAUCGCAAGUUCCUCCAGCAUCUCCGAGAGCCCGAAGUCUGAUCUUGCAGAGCUCAGACGGAAUCGCUCUUUCUCUUGGCUCGUGGAAGAUUCUAGAUACUGAUUUCUAGAGAGAUUUCGACCGAACCGUCGUCGUGACGACAGAUAUUGACAUGAAGAAUUGGACAAGCCGAUCGAUCAGGUGCGGUGCUUCUGGAGCCGUCACGAGCCUGAUAUAACCACCGCAUGAAACUCGGAAUACGGCAGGCAGGCGUGCGCUUUGGAGUGCACGACGAAUUGGAUAGCCAAACCCCGUACCUGAGGACCGAGAGGCGAGAGCAGUCAGCGUCAAAGAGUUCGUUCGGAGAGGGAGGAAGUUGAGGAAAUGGGGAAUUGGGGAAAUGGUGAAAGCGUCGAGGGGAAGGGGGUGGGGUCGAUUUCAUGUGAUUGAUGAUGCAUGCAAUGUGCCAGUGAGGGGAGUGGAGUGUGUGCAAAGUGCUGAUGCAGAGUGAUGCGUAAUGUCCGUGGGCACUGCAGCGAACGAAGGGUGGUCGGGACGUGGGAAGCGACCACACGACUUCGGCGCGAACGAUCCUGCAACGCUGUACGCUGCGGCGGCACGAGCUCUGAGCGUGCAGAGGCCGGACGUGCCGCUGAUCUCAUUCCUGCGCAACCCGCUGCUCGACUUCUCGCGCCUGCUUAAAAAGGCUCGCUACUCGGACCUUCAGUAUCAUCACCUCGCCACGCACACACAAGACGUCGCUCCGCCAUCAUCAGGCCUGGAGGACGACGAGAGCGCCAAGGGCGGCCGAUGCAAUUACAUGCUGUCCAUGUACGGCAUGUGAGAUUCCGGCCCCCAGACCUUGACAUCGAUGUUGCCCCCUCCCGUCGACGACGAGGAUGAUGACAUGACAAGAGAGGCAUGUUUUGACUUCGAAAUAGUUGGCGGCGCGUAGCUUAAUUACAGCGCUUUGAAGCUGCUGUGAGUGCGACGGUGAGUGAGAGUCAGUAGUGCGGGAGAGAGAGAGAGAGAGAAAUUGAGACAAAGACCAGUCGGUCCAGAGAAACUCGGAGACCUUGUUACAGGAAGCGAGAGCAAGGGACCAUUCAUUCAUUCGCAAAGCAUGCAACGGCUGAGCCGCAAGGAACCAGGCCCACAUUUGUUGUGGUGCGCGCGCUUGUGAGAACAGAGGACACGGAGAGACGAUGGAUGGAAAAAGCUGAUUUGAUGCAGAGGAGGAGGAAAUUGGUUGACACUUGUUGCAGCGGGGACGUGACUUUAAGGGUUUUGCAUUCUAGGUAGUUGGAUCAUAUGAUGGGCACUCAACUCGAGUUCACGAACAAUCAAGGACUCAUUCGUGAACAUGCAUGAAACACGAAGUUGAAGUUCAGCCUCCAGCACUCCAAUAGUUGUAGCUAGGCAAAGGAUUGUGGCAACAUUUCGGUUUCGUGUAUAGUCAGUCUGUCUGUCAGUCGGCAAGAGAAAGAGAAAGAGAGUGAGGGAGUGUGAAUGUGCAAGAGCGAGGGCGAGGUCGUGUUGUAAAUUAUGUGAAAGCACGCCUUCGAGAGAGGUCGAGGCUUGAAAUCAACAAGUCAUUGAGGGAGUGAGCGAGUGAGCGAAUGACAAGUGGGCGAGAGUAGUAAGGCAGCAAGGGUGUGCGAGGGUUGUGCUGUAAAUUAUGUGAAAGCACGGCGUAGAGAUGGGGUCGAGGUUCUAAAACAACAAGCCAUUGAGUCGGUGACAAGUGGGCGAGGUGCAAGUACAUGAUGAUGAUGCCGCAAUCUGCAGCAGGUGCACGGACACAACAGCAUCACCAUCAGCAUCAGCACCAAGGCCUACCCCCACAGCAAGCACCGUCGUCGGUGAGGCUGUGCGACUUGAGACCUUCCGUGAGCAGCACUGUGAACACAACAUUCAUAAUCCUCGAGAAAGGCCAAACUUCCCGAAGCUCCGAAGCAUCAGGCCAAGCUGUGUGCGUGGCUUUGGUGGCCGAUUCCACUGCAGCUGUCCAUCUGCAGCUGUGGGGCCCCGAAUGCGAUGCCUUCCAGCCCAGUGACAUCAUCCGCCUCACAAAUGGAAUGUUUUCCUACUACAACCACAACAUGCUUCUGAGAGCAGGGCAGAAGGGCCUGCUGGAGAAGAUCGGCCACUUCACCAUGAUUUUUGUAGAGAACCCCAACAUGAGCAAGCUGCAGUGGAUUCCGGACCCCUCCAAUUCCAAAAUGCUGCAGCCUCUAGGCCUCAUGCACGCCUCCUCCCCUCAAGGCUCCCAUGGCAGUGGCCACAGUUCCUUCGUGAACUCAAGGGCCUACCAUUGAGACACUGACUACAUCCUCCCACUGUUCUCAUCGAGCGAGAGCAUCACACAUUCCCCUCUCCAUUCUCAAUACUUAGCUGUACAUACAAACAACACAACUCCGAACUUGCUGUAUUAUCGGGCAGAUGCUUGGAAACUCGAUUGUCAAGAAUGUACAGUUUUUUCUUUCGUUACCC